CCCCCGGCGCUGCGGCUUGGGAGCGCGGGGCCCGCGAUCGCUCCGUGGUCCCCGGGGCAGGCUGAAGGAGAGUCCAAGGGCGAUAAGGCCAAAGUUAAGGAUGAGCCACAACGGAGAUCAGCAAGGUUAUCUGCUAAACCUGCUCCUCCAAAGCCAGAGCCUAAACCUAAAAAGGUAGCUCCAAAGAAGGGGGAGAAGUUACCUAAGGGAAAGAAAGGGAAAGCUGAUGCUGGCAAGGAUGGAAACAACCCUGCAGAAAAUGGAGAUGCCAAAACAGACCAGGCACAAAAAGCUGAAGGUGCUGGUGAUGCCAAGUGAAUUGUGUGAAUUUUUGAUAACUGUGUACUUCUGGUGACUGUACAGUUUGAAAUACUAUUUUUUAUCAAGUUUUAUAACAAUGCAGAAUUUUGUUUUACUUUUUUUUUAAAGCUAUGUUGUUAGCACACAGAAUGCUUCGUUGUUGUGGUUUUUGGGGAGCAACGGGGGCAAAAAUGUCACUUACUAUAUUUCUCAAACUGGUUUUUAAAAAAAGCCCCCAUUCUCUCCUCCCCCCCCUUUUAAUUUUUUUUUUUUUUUUACAUUUUAUUUUAUUUUUUUAUUUUUUUUUAAAGAAGGGCUCUUCCUGGAUAUGAGGAGGAGGGGAUUCCCUGAUGCUGCAUAUCAGUUUAGGUUUGUGAAAUGCAUUGGAGUGAACAUUGAAGCUCCCAGCAUGCUUGGUUGCCGGUCUUAAAACUACAGUUUAAUGCCCUUUGUUUUCUCAUCCCUUUAGACAUUUGCAUAUAGCUUAUCACUCCUUUUAAAUAUGGCAAAAGGCAUUUUGGGAUUUUCAUCCUAAAUCUAAUGCAUUGUCACUGUCAGGCAAUCCAGACUUCAGUGUCAAAAUUGGAAUUAGGGCUCUAAAAGGCGCUACAUUUCCUCUUUUUUAUAUUGUGGAUCUUCAGAUUAAGAACUCUGCCGUUUUAAUUUUUUUCUUUUAAAAGUCAGGGUAGGCUCGUGAAAAGUUGUUAAACAACAUGCUAAAUGUGAAAGUGUCCACCCUCACUCUAAACUUUUCCCUGUCCAAGUAUGAAAUGAAGAUUCUUCAUUGGUUUUUAUAUAGUAACUUUUACGUUUUGGUAGUCUGUGGAGGGAGGGGAGUUUGAAGUUGUUGUAAAAUGUUGCAGAUUGUAGCCCAUGUCCUGCCUGAAUUACCAUGAUUGUUUAUGAAAAGUACAUUUAAUAAAGCUGGAUACAGUUUGGCUUGGA